UUUUCAUGGAUUUGGCAAGUCCAGGCGAUCCUUUGUCUAACAACGAGCUUAUUCUUAGAAUACAGAAACUCGGAUCUUCAUUCACUUCUAGUAUCGAAAUAUGUCAACAACAAAUUUUAGCAAUACUUGGAGAUAUACCUUUAGAUACUAUUUCUACUGCCAGACUGAUUACGGCGAUGAUUAUAUCUACAGGAGAAUAUUAUUCCUCCUCCUCUUCUUCAUUUCCUCAUGAAGAAAAAAGUAAUUGGGAUAUGCUUUUAAGUGGACCAAAUGUCACUUCAACAGCCAUGCCUUAUGAUGGGGCUAUUUUUGUAAAUGCUAUUCGAGCUAUGUCUCCAACAUUGGAUUGGUCAGAAGUUCUCCAAACAUUGGAUAAUCAACAUUUUUUUAUCAAAUCAAAAAAUGCUUUACAAUUACUUAUGAUUAUUUUAAUAACGGGAAUUGCCCCAAAUCCUUUCCCUAUCGGACUAAUUUAUCGAUUAUGGGCUGGAAAUAAAGGUGGACAACUUUCUUUGCUCAGCCAAAUUAUUCAUCAUCCGGAUGUGGGCUAUUCUGAUACGCACGAAUCAAACAGAGCUGUGGGGAUGUGGAAAUCUCUGGAUUUAGUUGAAAUUAUAUUUCGAUUGGGGGAUAUUCCGGCUUUGAGUAAUCAAGUAUUGACUUUAUUGAGAAGAAGUCCAGGACCGAUGGCAUUAUGUCCAGAUUUGCUCUUUCUUGGUGUUUUGCAAAUAAGUAUGCCAAUGACUCAAUUUCGUGUUCAUGUACUUAAAUACCUCGUAUCAGUUUUAUUAUCUGGCCAUUCAAAUGCCGUCCCAGUAUUUCAAUUUGCUUGGAAUUUCGAAAAUCAUCGUGUCCAAAUGCGUCAAAUUUUGUUUGGUUCAAUGGCCGCUUAUUAUUCACAAAAUCCGGAAGACCAAAGCCGUUUAACACGAAUUUUGGAAAUUACACACGAAUUGAAAGGGCUGAGUGAAUUGUUGAGUAUAAAUCAAUUCCCGUUUGUUAUUGACAUGGCUAUUUUGGCUGCGAGAAGGGAUUUUUUGAAAUUGGAUAAAUUUAUUGAAGAUAAAUUAACUGAACACGGUGAGAAGGAAAGAAAUGAAUUAUUUUGGGUCGAAAAGAAAAUACGAAUUAAUUGGACUUACAAUUAAAUUAUUGUCCUGGGUUAGAGAAAAAAUUUUUUGUUUUAGAGAUAUAGUAGCUGGAAAUCCUGUUUAAGCAAUCCCGAUACUAAUUGUGAAAAAUUCUUUUCGUGUCUCAUUCCUUCAAAGCCUUUUCCUCUUCAAUUAAGGAAAAGUAGAGAUUCCUGUUUCUCCUAAAACUCUCCAACUGGAGCCACCCAGCUUUAAAAAAGAAACAAAUAAAUCAACACCUUUAUAUAGUGAGGUUUACACGUAUUGGGCCACCCAGUAAAUUAAAUGAG